AUCUCUCUCAAGUCUGAAUUCAUACGUCUCGGUGUCGCACUCUCUCUCUCUUCAGCAGAAAGCAGUGGAGUCUGCUCAGAGCUUUUAGAGAGAGAAAUCUCUCUCUCUCUCUCUCUCUCUCUAAACCUGCAUGAAAUAUGGUAUAACUCAUUUCCAUGGACUACGCCAAUUGGACUCAAACCCCACAGAAUCCACCACAAAACCCUAUCGCUCUUCCAAAUGAGCCAUGUUCUCAUUAUAUCCACACUACCCAUUAUCUCUCCUCUCACUACCCUCACCAUUCCCCAAACCCUAACCCUAACCCUAACCCUAACCCUAACCCUAGUAUACCAAUUGACCCAAACCCUAGCCCUAGUCUACACCAAUUGAACUCCAGUGUGAAUUAUGCUCAGCAUCAGACUGUUGAUGCCGGCACGGUGGUGGUACCGUCCUCAGAUUAUCAGGACCCAACUGCCAUCGCUUCUCUGCAGAAUUGGGCGCUUGAGGAGGUGAUUCUUCGGCAAUAUGGGGCGAAUACUUACGCGACUCAGGGUGUGACAAUACCUACAGCUGGGACAGAGCAGUUAGUGGCUGCGCAUCAGAACUACACACUCUGGACAAAUACAAUCGUUCAGCCUCAGAGAAUUGGCCCUUGGAAGAGGGGACCGAAGAAAACAAAGCUUGUACAAUCUUCAUGGUGUGAGGUUUGCAAGAUAGAUUGCAACAGUCAAGCUGUUCUUGAGCAGCAUAAAUUGGGAAAGAAACACAAACACAACAUGGAGAAGCUGAAAGAAGCAAUUGCACCUACACCUGGUGCAUUGGCAGCGUCAAAAAAUCCAGCUAUCGGCCCCCAAGAAAACCCCUAUAAUGGAAAAGCCGUUGGUAGCCAGAAAACAAAGGCGCCAGCUGAGCCGGAGGAUUUAGAGACAAAGAGAAGGAAGGUUUUGGAAGGUGGGGCGGCAGCCUAUGCCGUGAGGACUUGCAUGUUAUGUAAUGUGGUCUGCAAUAGCGAAACUGUAUUUAGAUAUCAUCUUGGAGGACAGAAGCAUGUAUCCAUGAUGAAGAAACAAGCAGCCGGAACAGGACUGCCUACGGCCACCUAAAGAUUAAGUGAAGUGUAGAAAGAAAGAAAAAAUUUAAUGUAAGAGUGGUAAUUUUCUUUUUCA